AUGGGUUACAGCAAAGGGUUGCAUCACAACGGAGUGAGUCAGAAAGGAAGGCCUUAUUUGUUGAUAUUGCUCAUGACAUUUGGGGCUGCCCUUUUUGGUGUUAUGGUGCUUCAUAGGUUUAGAGAGAAACGCAUUUUCAAUCUUCUUGUCAAACAGAAAGAUCAUCAGCUUAUUACCCUUCAACUUCUCUUGGAGAAGGAAAAAGAUCGCACCAAAGAGCUGAGUAGGAAGAACCAAGAGACAAAGGCAAAAAUAUACACCCUGAACAGUCAAAAGAUGGAGCUUGCUAGAACAAUUGCUGGGAUGAAAUCUACAAUGAAUUCACUUAAAGAUGAGCAGAAACUAAUAGAAUCCGCCUUCGUGGAGCAGCAGCAUGAGCUCAGAAUGAUGCAGGAAAAAGGAAGCAAUUUAGAUGAGAGAGGAUUUGAAAGGAGAGCAUCGACAGAGAAUCUUACCAAAAAGGAAGCAGAGAAACAAGAAUUAAAGCACCGUCUUGAUACCCUGGUUAAGACCAGCAGGGUAAGCAUUGAACACCCAACAACCAUCUUUGAUCAAAUUUUGGCAGCGAAUGCAACAACGGAAGCACAGGGUAAAACUCAGAAUGAUAAUCAACAAAAAGAUGAAGAUAGAAGCAAAUUAACUGAGUUCAAAGAUGAGAAGGUAACAGCUGAAAUGCGAGGAGAAAUUAAACCUAAUGAUGAGAUGGAAAAGAAAAAUGACAACCCUAAAGGUGAUGGUGCCGCUGCAAAAGAUAUUGAUGCUGAAGUGUCGGAGGAUAAGAAAGCAAUCAUAGAAGAGCAUCAAAGAAAACUCGAGAUGAACACGGAUGGUGAAAGACGAGAUUCCAAUGCGAAGCAAUUGUCUGGGGUGAAGAGGAAACACAGUCAUUUAAGUAGUAAAACAAAAGGGAAGCGCUGGAGAAUCAACAUCCAGAAUAAGUCAAUGGAGAAUAAUGGCACUUCUGAAAGUCAUGGAGAGGUAAACACGAGCCACGGAAAGGUUUCCAGAGAGGAUAACAAUGGAACAGUUAUAAGAGACACUGAUGAGGAAAGGAACAGCAAUAACCAACUUGAAGCCGAAUCACAGGAGAAAUUGUUGAAGACUGAAAACCAUGAAAAAAGUGAAGAUGACAGCAAUAACCAACAAGAAGCUGAAUCACAGACGAAAUUGUUGAAGCCUGAAAACCAUGAAAACACUGAAGAUGACAGCAACACAACAGUCGAUAAGACUAAUCAGAAGGUGACAGACAAUGAAGAUGGUAUUGUCCGACAAAACUUGAGCAGGAGGCGUAUCAAUAAUGCUGAACAACAGAAAUCCAACAUGUUUCAUCAAGAUUCUAAAGAAUUUGAAGUUUCAGAUUUCAAUAAGCAGGUGAACGAUGCAGGGGAUGAUGGUGAGGAGGAUGAUGCCGACAGUUUCCUCAACGAAUCUCAACCAGAUUUUGAAGAUGAAAGUGAGAAAGAAGAGUACAAGGAGGAAACAGACGAAUCAGAGUUCCAGAAUGGUUUGUAA